AAGUUAUUAGUAUUAGUUCUUAAACAUUUUUUUUUGCAAAAGUAUUUAUAAAACCUUAAGGACAAGAUUAAAGAUUGAACAAGUUUCCCUGCCAUAACCUAGUAGAUAUUUUCCCAAAAAAACCUCUUAACACCAUCUAAACCUCAUCGAACUGCAACCUGUUGGCCAAGUGAGUGAGUUAGUAUGUGGUGUGGAUAGUUUUUUGGGUUCCGCUCAGUUCUUAUACGACACUCGCGCCCGUCGGUCGAGCGAUCACUUAGUACUACCAAUCGACAAAUUCGAAAAACGAUCCGUCUCGGUGUUCCUGGACCAAUCCGUUUGGCGGCUCGGCUCUUUAAUUGCGUCACUAAUGAGCUGCAUUUAUGUUAAUCUCCGCACCCGGGACGUCUAAGCGAUCUACACGAUCUUAAGAUUUGGGAUCCCAAGAGAGGGAUCUUCACCGCGGCAUUCGGCACUUCUUUUGCUUUUCUUUUUUGGUAGUUUUCACCUGCUGAGACGUUUAUGGUUAUUGCCGCAAUUCCGUUGUGACAGUCGGAGGCGCUUUAUCAUAAAUUAAAAAAUCGUGUAGUCGGCAAGGGACCGCUGGACCGCCGGACCGUUGGACCAUUGGACCGCUGGACAGCCCCGCCCCCUUGAUAUCCACUGAUGGAUGAUGCUGCCGCUGAUGGCAGUUUCGGGUUUGAGUUAUGGCCGGGCCAAGUCGGAGAUUUGCAUGAAUGAAACGCACGCGUUGCUCGAAAACUGUUUGGUGAUCCGAUCUCGCGAUGACUUAAUUGAAACGCCGCUGGCUGGAGUUGAAGAAGGUGUUAAUUAGCAUACGAACAAAUGGACAAAAGUUUGCGUGUAUUUCGUAUAUUGUAUUUCGGCAUACGAUCGUAUCGUCGAUGAUUUUUUGGUCAUAUUGGCAGAAGUAUUGAAUGCUGCCGUCUGCGUUUUCGGUUCAUUAAUAACAACAGAGGCGUUCGGUUUACGUCCAAUAGUUUGGCUCUUCAGAUUCUCGGCUCCUAUGGCGGCGUUUUAUGUGUAAAAAAAAAAAAAAUUAGAAAUAAAAAAAGCCCUUCGGUAUUAUAUAUAUAUGGUACUGUGAGGAAAUCGGAGACUGCUAAGCUCAGCAAAAAGGAAAGGAAAUUAAGCCUCAAAUGCAUUGAGUAUUGAGACUUUUUAGUGCGAAUAGAAUAUGAUGAUAGUGCCAGCUGCUGGGCUCGAAUUCGUGUUGUGUGCCUCGGAUUUGCAUCGUCAUGUGGAAAAUACAUAACAAGCUCUUAAUCUACAUACUCUGGAUUAUGGAAAUAAGAUUAGUGUCCAGCUUUACAUCCGCCAUGCUAUGUGGCCGGAUUCCAGGCCUGACUCCCGGCCAGCGAAAUAUGUGCCGCGAGAUGCCCGAUGCAUUGAUUGCCCUGGGUGAGGGCCAUCAACUGGGCGCCCAGGAGUGCCAGCAUCAGUUCCGGGGACACCGUUGGAAUUGCUCGGAGGUGUGGCAGCGCAACGUCUUCGCCCAUGUCAUACCCACAGCUUCCCGGGAGGCUGCCUACACCUAUGCGAUAGCCAGUGCCGGAGCGGCCUAUGCUGUGACCGCUGCCUGUGCCCGUGGCAACAUCUCCACCUGCGGCUGUGAUGUGCGGCACAAGGCCACGCCCAAUGCCGGAGGAACUCCCGACGAGCCCUGGAAGUGGGGAGGCUGUUCGGCGGACGUGGAUUUUGGUAUGCGAUAUGCUCGAAGAUUCAUGGAUGCCCGCGAACUGGAGCGAGAUGCCCGAACGCUAAUGAAUGUGCACAAUAAUCGGGCAGGGAGAACGCUGGUCAAGAAGAUGCUGAGAACUGACUGCAAGUGCCAUGGCGUAAGUGGCUCUUGCGUGAUGAAGACUUGCUGGAAGAGCCUGCCGCCUUUUCGCCUGAUCGGCGAUAGGCUUAUGCUGAAGUAUCAAAAAGCCAAAACUGUUCAAGCCAUCAAAGGCAAACGUGGACUGAGAUUAGUAUUAAGCAGAAAGAAGCAUGCCGGCACCGCUCGUGCUCAGAAACCUGUCCUCGAUUGGCCGAAGCGCAUGGAGCUGAUCUACCUGGAGGCGUCGCCCAACUACUGCGAACGAAAUUUGCAGACAGGCAGCCAGGGCACCGCCGGCAGAACCUGCCAGCGGACCGGCCAUGGUCCCCAAAGCUGUGACCUGCUCUGCUGUGGGCGUGGCUACAACACGCAGCAUAUCCGACGGACCAAACAGUGUCGCUGCCAGUUUCGCUGGUGCUGUGAGGUCAAAUGCGAUGAGUGCGACGAAAGCUACGAGGAGUUCACCUGUAAAUAGAUGUAGCAUUACCAGAACGCUGCUAGUAUUAGGGCUAUGUCAUAGGAAAUGCCUUAAUUAAGUAUUAUGAGAAAUGUAUUACACUCACAGACACGCACCGCGCCACCAUACAGACACAUUCCAGAAUAAAUAUAACAAGUUAACAUCCACAAGUA